AGGGGCGGGGCGGGCGCGGAAGCCGGGCAGCAGCGGCCGCAGGAAAUCCGAGCUGGGCCCAGCCGGCGCGCGCGACCCCAUCCCCGUCCCGGCCGAGCGACCCCUGGGCCGGGCCAUGGAUGCAGCAGAGCCGGGGUUACCCCCGGCUCCCGAGGGCAGGAAGAGGUACAGUGACAUCUUCCAGAGCCUGGACAACCUCGAGAUCUCACUGGGGACUGUAACCCUUGAGUUGCUGGUUGGAGACCCUGUGCUCUCAGGAGACCCUGAGCCUGACAAGGCCCCCACAGCCACUGUGACCAGCGAAACCUGUUGUUGGAGCAGCCCCUCCCCAGAGGGUCCUGCACCCCUCAAAGGGGAGGAACUAGACUUGCGGUUGAUCCGGACCAAGGGGGGUGUGGACGCAGCCCUGGAGUAUGCCAAGACCUGGAGCCGCUAUGCCAAGGAGCUGCUGGCCUGGACUGAGAAAAGAGCUAGCCACGAGCUGGAGUUUGCCAAAAGCAUCAUGAAGAUCGCGGAGGCCGGCAAGGGGUCCAUCCACCAGCAGAGCCACAUGCCACUGCAGUACAUCUAUACCUUGUUUCUGGAGCACGACCUCAUGCUCGGGGCCCAGGCGCAGGAGACAGUGACCCAGCAGAGGAGGGACUACUUCCAGCCCCUGGCGGCCAAACGGACUGAGAUUGAGAAGUGGCGAAAGGAGUUCAAGGAGCAGUGGACCAAGGAGCAGAAGCGAAUGAAUGAGGCUGUGCAGGCAUUGCGGCGGGCCCAGCUCCAGUACGUCCAGCGCAGCGAGGACCUGCAGGCCCGCUCUCAGGGGUCCCCAGAGGAUCCGGCCCCCCAGGCCUCGCUGGGGCCCAGCAAGCAGCAGGAGCGGCGACGGCGCUCGCGGGAGGAGGCCCAGGCCAAGGCGCUGGAGGCCGAGGCGCUGUACCAGGCCUGCGUCCGUGAGGCCAACGCGCGGCAGCAGGACCUGGAGGCCACCAAGCAGCGGAUCGUAUCGCACGUGCGCAAGCUGGUGCUGCAGGGGGACGAGGUCCUCAAGCGGGUGACCCUGGGCCUGUUUGGGCUGCGGGGUACACAGGCGGAGCGUGUCCCUCGUGCCUUUGCGGCCCUGGCCGAGUGCUGCGCACCCUUCGAGCCUGGCCAGCGCUACCAGGAGUUUGUGCGGGCGCUGCGGCCAGAGGCCCCACCGCCUCCGCCUCCGCCCUUCUUCUUCCAGGAAUUCGUGCCCGCCACGCACAGCUCCCCUCCCAACACUAGAAAGAAGCUCUCAGGCCCCCUGCCGCCUCCGCGGCUGGAUGAGGGUGUGGCUGAACCAGGCCCCUGGGAGGAUGCAAGCCUCCGCUGGCAGGGGACCCCAGGCCCCACCCCAGGCAGCGAUGUGGAGAGUGUGGGCGGUGGCAGCGAGUCUCGGUCCCUGGACUCUCCUACUUCCAGCCCAGGCCCUGGCUCCAGGCUGCUAGUGAAGGCCUCAUCUAUAGGCACCGAGUCCUCAGAUGACUUUGAGGAGAGAGACCCUGACCUGGGAGAUGGACUGGAGAACGGGAUGGCGGGUCCCUUCAGGAAGUGGACACUAUCCAGUGCAGCACAGACCCACCGGCUGCGGCGGCUGCGGGGCCCAGCCAAGUGCCGCGAGUGCGAGGCCUUCAUGGUUAGCGGGACCGAGUGUGAGGAGUGCUUUUUGACCUGCCACAAGCGCUGCCUUGAGACACUGCUGAUCCUCUGCGGACACAGGCGACUCCCAGCACGGACCACCCUGUUUGGGGUCGACUUCCUGCAGCUGCCCAGGGACUUCCCGGAGGAAGUGCCCUUUGUGGUGACCAAGUGCACGGCUGAGAUAGAACACCGUGCCCUGGAUGUGCAGGGCAUUUACCGGGUCAGUGGGUCCCGGGUCCGCGUGGAGCGGUUGUGCCAGGCCUUCGAGAACGGCCGCACAUUGGUGGAGCUGUCAGGGAACUCACCUCAUGAUGUCUCCAGUGUCCUCAAGCGGUUUCUCCAAGAGCUCACCGACCCCGUGGUCCCCUUCCACCUCUACAAUGCCUUCAUCUCUCUGGCCAAGACCCUGCAUGUAGACCCUGGGGACAACCCUGGGACCCCCAGCCCCAGCCUCGAGGUCAUCCGCUCGCUUAAGACCCUCUUGGUGCAGCUGCCUGACUCUAACUACAACACCCUGCGGCACCUUGUGGCCCAUCUGUUCAGGGUGGCUGCACAGUUUGAGGAAAACAAGAUGUCUGCUAACAACCUAGGCAUUGUGUUUGGGCCGACGCUUCUGCGGCCACCGGGCUGUCCAGGGGCAGCUGGUGCCGGCCCAGUCGCCUGUCUGCUGGACUCAGGGCACCAAGCCCAGCUGGUUGAGUUCCUCAUCGUGCACUACGAGCAGAUCUUUGGGAUGGAUGAGCUGCCCCUGGCCACGGAGCCCUCAUCCCACAACCCCAGCCCAGCCCCUGGGGCCCUCACAACCAGUCUUCAGCCAGUACCCCCACAGCUCGUCCAGGAUCCCCUGCCCCCAGCCCUAGCUUCAGACCCAGGCCCAGACCCCGAGCCCCAGUGUGUCCUGGAGAAGGAUCCUGCAGCUGUGCCUGCCGAGAGUCCAACCCUGCAGAGUGACCAGAGAGAGGAAGCGGCCACAGACACCAGAGACGGAGGAGGCGAAGCAUCCAACCGAGGUCCUGAGGACUCACUCCUGGGAACGCAGUCCCGUGGCCACUUCAGCCGCCAGCCCGUGAAGUACCCUCGGGGGGGCGUGCGGCCUGUCACCCACCAGCUGUCCAGCUUGGCCCUGGUGGCUUCCAAGCUGUGUGAGGAGACCCCUGUCACAUCAGUACCCCGUGGGAGCUUGCGGGGACGGGGGGCUGGCCCUGCUGCCGCCUCCCCUGAGGGCAGCCCCCUGCGCCGCACCCCGCUGCCCAAGCACUUUGAGAUCACCCAGGAGACAGCCCGGCUACUCUCUAAGAUGCACAACGAAGCUGUACCCAGAACCACCUGCUGCAUGGACCCCCAGCCUGAGGUCGUGGAUCCCCAACCUGAGGAAGCUGAGGAUCAUCUCUGACCAUCCCUCAUCCUGGCAGAGGGGCCCAGGACUGAGAAGAUGGACCCACUUCUCCCUCUACCUUCCCCCAACUGGCAGCCAGACAUCAGGCCCAGGAGUUCAGUGUUGGGGACUCAGGAGAGUUCCUAUGAGGAACGACUGGACUCAGGGGAGUUCCUAUGAGGAAAGAGUUCCUAUGAGGAAAGAGUUCCUAUGAGGAAAGGCCCAAAACCUCUGUGGGGCAAUGUCCCAGGACCCCCUGUCCCCACCAGACAUAGGUCACUGCCAGCAUCAGGGUCACUCAGGGUCAAUGCUCAGGGUCAACAUAGGUCUCUGGAUCCUUAGGGUCCACCCUAGUCUCUGUCCCCUGGGGCAGGGGUGCCUUUUGCUACUUUGGUUGUAGCCAUUCCCUCAUCCCCUCCUCCUGGCCCUGCCUGCCUGCCUCCUUUGCUG